UGUGCUAAUUCUCUCAUGCUUUUAUCUGUAUCAAAACACGCGUGAAAGGCGUGACAACGGUAUUCUUUCUGAAGAAGCCUGGAAAUAUGCAGUAUGUGGUUGUGAAUUCAUACUCUUCUACAGUAGUAAACAAGUUUGGUUCUUUCAUCACUAGUCCGUUGUAGAAGCGUUAAGGGAGUAAUGUUGCUCUUCCAAAACGCCUAGAAAGGAACAACUAUAUUUUAGGAUAUAAGAACCACUCUUCAACACUAUCUAAUUGUAAAGACACAUGAGAGCAUUCAUAAUAGCUAUAUGCACUGAUACACAACGAAGUGAUUGUAAUUUCACAGUUUUCAUGAGCUCAGGCGGGGGAAAAAAGUCUCGUAAAGGUCGCAAACGGCAGCAAAUCAGUGGUCCAUCUGCUGUUCAAGAGGGCAUGGACCGUGGUGACCACUCGUCAAAUGCCACACAUGAAGGGUCCUCCUUGUCUACAUCAGUGUCUCCGGGUCCGUCUAGUGGUUUGGAUGUUCCACCUUCUUCGAAGGAACCAAUAGUUCCUUCAGAAGCCGCACGGCAGAAGAAAAGUCAUCCGAAAUUGGUGUCAACGUCUCCACUUUCGGAAGAAGUUUCCAGGCUGAGUUUGACUAAUGUGUCUAUUCCCAGCAGACCAGACAAAGGCGGUAAGGUGGGGAAACCGACAACUGUCAUUGUGAACUGUUGGGAUUUCUCUGUCCAACCGAAGGUUCUAUACAUGUACCGUGCAGAGGUUAACAAAGUGUCUCGCAUCAAUGAUAAAGAUGCAGUAAAGUGUGAAAUACGAAUGUCUCCGAAAGAUAAACGUGAUUUAAUUUCACGCAUUACUGAGAAAUCACACCCACUGAUUAAACAAUUCGGCUUGGCAAUCCAACCGAAGCCAGUGGAAAUUAAGGCACGUGUUCUCCAACCGCCAACUGCUGACUUUGGUUGUUCAGGUGUGCAGGCUCUAAAGGCGGGUAGUUUCAACUCACCCGGUUUUCAUGACCCUGCCGGAAAAGAAGGGGAAUUGAUGUGGGCUAUACUUAGUGUUCCACCUAAUCAGUGGGCUGAGGGUAAUGCAAUAAAGGUGAAGAAGGAAUUGCCUGAAGCUGCCAAACGCUUCGGUGUUCGUUUAAGCCCCAGUCCAAUAGUGUCAAAGUGCUUUAAAAGAGAACUUAACAGAAAGUUUGAUGAGUUCUCGAGACAAAACUGCGCGUUUCUGCUGCUUAUCCUUUAUGAUGAGGAGUCCUAUUCAGAAAUAAAACGUCUCAGUGACCUACAAAUGGGCAUUCGCACCCAAUGUGUACGAAGUCGUACUUUGGGCAAACCAAACGUAUUCCCGAACCUGGUGCUCAAGCUCAAUGGCAAACUCGGUGGUGUUAAUUGGCGAAUACCAGGCCUGAUUAAAAACAGUGAGGAACUGAUAAUGGUUUUCGGUGCUGACGUCACUCAUCCGGCGCCCACCCAAAUUCAGCAAAUUCGCAAGUCAAUAGCUGCUGUUAUCGGCAGUGUGUCACCGGAUCUAAUGAGAUAUGCGGUAGUUGUCCGCCAACAGGCAACGACAGAGAAAGGCAAUAAGGCGACGAGAGAAAUUAUUGAUGAUAUGCGUCUCACCGUUAAAGAAUUACUUCAGCUUUACUUGCGAAAUACAAAUGGGCGUUUCCCAACACGAAUGAUAUUCUAUCGUGAUGGUGUUUCAGAAGGUCAAUUCGAAAAUGUGUUAGUGGAGGAGUUAGCGGCGAUUCAGAGAGCCUGCGCAGAUAUUCGUCCUGGUGUAGAGCCUGCUAUCACUUAUAUUGUUGUGCAAAAACGUCACCACAUUCGACUGAAACCGUCUGACCCAAGGGCGAGGAACGUUGAGCCAGGAACGGUGGUUGAUACAGAUAUCACGCAUCCCAGGGAAUUCGACUUCUACCUCUGCUCUCAAGAAGGGAUACAGGGGACAUCUAAACCUGCUCAUUAUCACGUUUUGUACGAUGACAGUAAUUGGACAUCGGAUGCUUUGGAAAUGUUCACUUACUACUUAUGCUACGGGUAUAUGAGAUGUUGUCGUAGUGUGUCGUAUCCAGCGCCAACUUAUUAUUCACAUCUGGCUGCAUUUCGGGCGCGUGACUGGUUAUCGUCGGAUCUAGAGAAUCCAGAGAUUUUGUUAGAUGGUGGUCGUUUCAAAGUCCACAGAAGUCAAGUCGAUGGCAUGUUUUACUUGUAA